GCCGCUCGCGCUCGCAGGCAGCCGUCUGUCGGUGUGUGUGUGUGUGCUCGCGCGCGCUCCUCUUUUUCUCCGUAUGAGCCGCGGACUGCAGGGACUUCUCCUCAUCUCCGUUAACGGAACGCGGCAGGAGGUGCUGUGAGUGAAAAUGAAAUCCUUCAGCUGGCGCAUACAGUUCACCCUUCUCCUCGCAGGCCUUACGCUUCCCUCACAAAGCACAGAGAACCCUGGCAGCAAAAAUGUACGUGACCACGAGGCAGCAGCGGCCUUUCACGGAAGCAGUUGGAGGAGGCAGGGUUCACGAGACCCGUUUUCCCGCAAAUCUAUGCAGCAAGAAGAUGACGGAGUCGGUCUCGAUAGUCUAAGUCCAGUCCGGGUGGAAAUGGGACCAGGAGAUUGGGGUAGGGAAAGAGACAUAAAACACACCAGAGGGCACAAGCAGCAUCAAGCAGGGGAAUUGCAGCGCAAAGGCAGAAAGAAUGGGCAGGUGGAAGGCAAGCGGCAUGGACGCAAGGACAAAGCACAUGGCCAAGGGUUUUCCCUUGACUCCAGCACAGGAUUUGGCUCGCCGAUAAGAGACGUAGAUGAAGUCUAUGCCCGCUCGUCCAAUCGCGAAGCUGCUGCACUAGCAGAAAGCCCUGCCUCUCGCAAACCCGUGGACACAGCGAUGCCUGAGCAUCCACCAACCCGAUCACCCACCUCCACCAAAUCACAGAAGACAGAUCGAGGAAACACUCAAGGUGAAGUAUUACCCACUUUGGACAUGGCACUUUUUGACUGGACUGACUAUGAGGACAUGAGGCCUGAGGAUAGCUGGCCAUCCAGCAAGAAAAAAGACAAGAAGCGCAGCAAGAACAUGAGCAGUGGCAACGUGACCGUGAAUGCGGAUGAUGUAGAACCGUGUGACCAUCACCUUGACUGCUUGCCGGGGUCCUGCUGUGACCUCAGACAUCAUGAGUGCAAACCACAUAACCGUGGGCUAAACAACAAGUGCUAUGAUGACUGCAUGUGUGAAGAAGGUCUCCGGUGCUAUGCCAAGUUCCACCGCAAGCGAAGGGUGACACGAAGACGUGGCCGCUGCGUGGAGCCCGAAUCAGCCAACAGCGACAAAGGAGCCUUCAUCACGAUCUGAUGAGAGAGAGAGAGAGAUAAAGAAUGAAAAACUGAUCACUACCCUACAACCCUGUACCUCCUUCUAAAGACUUCAAAAGAAGCAUUAAAAAAAAUAGCGAGUCAAAAAAAAA